AAAAAGGCUGCGAGUAGGAGGAGGAAGAGGAGGAAGAGAAGGACGGGCUCCCAUAGUGCUGUGCACUGCCAACGUAGGCAAACAGGAACAUGGCUACCGGCGUUUAGCAGACCGUGUUGAAACACUCUUCUGUGGCCGUACGACAUCCAUCGUGUCCCCGCGACAGAAGAAAAACCUCCUCGUAGAUUCCACCAGCGGAGCCGCAGAGUCCGUGAACGCAUCGUCGGCUCUUUCAUCGCUCACAGCUUUAGGUCAAAAUGGCAAGUCCAAGGACCAGAAGAGUUCUGAAGGAAGUGAGAACCCAGGAUGAGAACAAUUUGUGUUUUGAAUGCGGGGCUUUCAACCCUCAGUGGGUUAGUGUGACCUAUGGCAUCUGGAUUUGUCUUGAGUGCUCUGGAAAGCACAGAGGCCUGGGAGUGCAUCUCAGUUUUGUGCGUUCUGUUACCAUGGACAAGUGGAAAGAUAUCGAGCUGGAGAAGAUGAAAGAAGGAGGAAACGGGAAAUACCGCCUGUUUCUCGAAAGCCAAGACGAUUAUAAUCCCAAUUGGAAUCUACAGGAGAAAUACAACAGCAGAGCUGCUGCGCUCUUCAGGGACAAGGUUGCAACUUUAGCUGAGGGUAAGGAGUGGUCCAUUGAGACAUCACCUGCCAGAAACUGGACAUCAGCUCAACCCAAGAUGAGCCUUUCAUCCUCUCACCGCUCGGGAGGACCUGGACAAAACUCUGCUAAAUCUAACGACAAAGCUUUUGAAGAUUGGCUGAGUGACGAUGUUAAUUCGUAUCAGAGUGGAGGAGGUUACAGCGGCAAUCAAGAGAAUCGGUAUGUUGGCUUUGGCAACACUGUGACCCCGGAGAGGAAAGAGGAAGACUUCCUGAACAAUGCCAUGUCUUCUCUUUAUUCGGGCUGGAGCAGUUUCACUGUUGGGGCUAGCAAGAUUGCUUCUAUUGCGAAAGAUAAUACGAGUAAACUGGCAAACCAAGCAACUUUAAAGGCCACAGAGUUAGGACAGACAGUAAAUGAGAAUAUUAUCAAACCUACCCAAGAAAAGGUGAAAGAUGGCAAAUUGCUAGAUGAAAUGACUGUCAGCAUCACUGGGCUGGCAACCAAGUUCCAGGGAGCUGGUUCAAAAUUGACCAACCUCUUCUCUGGAAAUCCAGAAGAUGGGUCUACUGGAGAAAGCUAUCAGAACAUGGAUGCCACAGAGGGGUAUCAGGGCAGUUCUAGCCAGCCUGUCUCAAAGGACUUCUGGGAAACCUUUGGCAGCAGCAACUCCUUAAAGGCCAAGAAGUCUCCUAGCAGUGACAGCUGGACCAUGGCAGAUAACUCUGCAAAGAAGAGCUCUGACAGUUGGGAAGCAGCAUCCAACAACAAACACAGCACGGAGGAGGGCUGGGAGGCUUGGGACAACAACUGGGAGAACGCCGAUGGUAAGACAAAGACGAAGAGUCCCACAAAACCCGCUGAGGACGCCUGGGAUAAUGCAGACUGGUAGUGACCUAACAACCAUACCUCUCACAUGUUUCCCCCUUUUCUGGCCUUCUCCUUCUCCCUCUCUCCCUGUUCAUCUCACUGGCACUUUCAGGGAAAGAGCUGUCUGUGUCCACUUAGUUCUUGUCAGUCCAUUCAAAAUUGUAUUUAUUAUGAACCUAAGAAACAAUGAAGAAAGCCCUGGGUUAAAUAAAGCUCAUCACUAAAAUCUUUUGGAAAAAUAUAACUAUAUUAACUUCAGUCAUGUAUACUAUUGUAAAUUACCUUCAUCACGGGGAAUUGCGAUAUAUCAGUGUAGAUAUGGUUAUCAAUUUACUGCCUGAACUCCUUAAUUGUAUAACUAUAAAUGGCAAACUAGAUGGUGUUCAUAAUGUUUUAUGGGUUUAAUGAUACUGGUCUUCAAUUCACCACAUAAAAAUGAUGCAUGAGAUGGAAAAUAUGAGAUUGUAAAUAUGAUUCCUUGUAAAUACAGAAUGAUUGACUCAACACUGAUUAGAAUUAAAUGAUGGACCCUUGACCUUUUACACAUUUUGUUUUUUGUAAAUUUCGAUUUUGAAAAGCAUAACAAAAUACACAUCGUAAUCAUAAAAUGUUAUAAGAACAAUUAAACUGAGACAAAUUGGCUACCAUUAAUCAAAUGUAUAAAUCAGAAUGAAAUAAUCCUAUAAAUCAUAUGUUAGGCCUUUGUGUAUUAUCUGUGAGUUAAUAGUAUGCAUUUUUGUUCUUUUUAUUUUUUUGUUUUUAUUAAAAUGUGCAAAUAGUCAAGGGGGUUUGAUCAUUCUGUCAUUUAGUCUUAUUAUAAGACCAGAAACUUCUCUCCCGGGAUGUUGACAUUAUUAUAGAUAUUGCUUUUGGGUAAAUAGAUAUUUCGCUCUGGCGUCUUUCAACAAAAUAUUCAAAAAUUUACACAUUUGAUCUAAAUUGAUGUAUGUAGUGAGUUACAUACAAAUUCCUUUUUGAAAUUCAUUUUGACUGGAUACUACAAUAUUGUGAUACUGUUGAUUGUAUACUUUUUUUCAUCCUCACGGUUCAUCAUGGACAACAGCUCAACACUUACUUGUACUUCCUAUUCAGAUGCAUUGAUAACAAAGAUCCACGAUGACAGUUUAAGUAUUCUUGCUGCAGUUUGUAAUUCAUCACAAACUUUCUAUUUGACUUCACAGCUGAAAUUAGGAGGAGGAUUUUUGUUUGUUUGUUUGACUUUAUCUCAUAUUAAAGCUGACAGAAAUACUGUUUUUAAAAGAAACUUGUUGGUCAUGAGCAGUUGUUUCAGUCGUCAUUCAGUCGUCAUUUUAAGUUGAAGACACAAACAUUUAAAUAUUUUAAAUCAGUGUUGAAAUAUUUUAUAUAGUAAGUUUCAUAUAAAAAACACUCAUAGCAGGUUUGAUGUAUAUACUCUAUGUACUUAAUGCAAGCUGUGUUUAACCUUGUCAUAGAGUGGAAGUGCAGAUUGUUAUCUGAAUGGGUUUGUGACAGCUGAACCUGUAACGUGUGACCUCAGCGAACCUGACAGGCCAUUGCAAAUGUCAACAACUCAGUGUGAGCUGCUCUCCACCGUCGUGUCCAGUGUCACUGCACCUUGUUUGUUACUUAUCGUGAGGAGUUGGUGUCACAGUUAUCUUCACACCUAUGCUGACAUCUGAAUUGUUUAGUGAUGAUAAUACGGCUCAUUAUAUGCUGGAUAAUUAGAUGGUACGCUCUCCAAGCGCUUGUUAUGAAUGAAUUAAAUCAAGUAGUACUGGUGCAUCCUCAGUCACAUGAAUGUGAAAUUGAAAUUGGCUGUCAGGAAUUAGAACGAGACAAGUUUUGCGGCACGCAACUUCUCUGUGUGGCCUUAGAUCCUUGUUAACCGAGUGUCUUUUAUCCUCCUGUAAAGUUUCAUUUGUAUAUGUAACACCCUGCAGAAGCUCAGUUUCAUUAAUACAACAAACUGCUCAGACUUGGAUUCAUCCGUUCUGGAUUUGAUUUGUGUAAAUUAUUUCGAAUUUGAACUGUAGAUUCUAAAGUUAAUGAUUAAUAUCAGAGAAGAUAUUGGCAUACUUCAAGUCUUUGAGGCUUGGUGUGUUGGCUCAUUGGCCAGUAGUCAGUCUUUAGUGUGCCACUGUUAUCGAGCUGCUGGAUUAUUGUCGUACUUCUACAUGUGCUCCUCAACAGGCCUUGUAAGAAGACAUAUUACAUGUUAUCAUCACAGGUUGUGACCAGUGAGGGAAAACUCCUGCCAACUUCAUUCCAUAACCAUUUCCUACCUCUUAAGAAGUCUGAUAAGUAUCCAGUUGUGGCCAUGUUUUUGUUUUUCUUGUCUUCACCUCCCAGUACGGUUUUGAUGUUGACCUAGUUGAAACAGGUUCAGAUUGCUGUGACCCAUUCAAGCGUGUGACAGCAAAGCAGCAAUGUUUGGUCUCUAGUGUUGGUGUGUUUCAUCAGUGGCAAAACAAUGAUAUCAAAACGUAUCACUCCUGGAACAUUUGCUUGCGUUCAUGUGUUCAUGUUUGCUCGUGUGUUAACAUGCCUUAAACAGCUGUGUUUGCUUUUUGUUAAUAUCGAUGUCAGUUUGCGUGUGUGUGUGCGAUACAGUGAGUUGUACAUGUCAGUAAAUCAUCUAUGACAAAUUAUACAUCGUUACCCUCAACUUUACUUUUUAAUACUGAAGCGUUAUGUCAGUAGUUUUGUUUUCUUCUUUUUAUCUUCUGAUGGUAUAUGACAGAUAAAUUGCCAGGAAAUAAAUAGAAGAUUGUGCCGUGAUGUCUGAGUUUAAAAGGGACUGAAAUAUGUAAAAGAGCUUGUUACUUCUCAAAUGCUGUACUUUUACUUUUGAUGAAUGUCCUAUUGGGGUUUAAAUUGACGAAUGUGUAAUGGAAUGAAAUGCAUCCAAUAUGUCUCGAUAUAAGAUAAUAAUUACAAAAAUAACUUAAGCAUUUUCUUGCCACAUAGCCUGAAUAUAAUUCUGAACCAUAAUUUCCCAGAGCAACAGUUCAGCUCAGUGUCUGCCUGUCGAACAUUUGAGAGCGGGUAUGUCCACUAGCUUGUUGAAGAAACUGUCAUGUCAGAAAUACUAUUUUUGAGGUGUAACACGGAACUAAACACAUCCAGAUGUCCUUUGAUUUCCAAACGUCGUUUCCCUAGUGAAUUGAAUUGCAGUUGUCUGCUUACCCCCCCCCCCCUUCAAGUUUUCACCAGCAGCCGUCCCUCGAGGUGAGCCAGUAUUACAUGCUCAGUCGAAGCUGUGGAUAUUUUUCCUGUACACAUGGUUUCUGUGUCGAAUAAAAACGUAUUGUGCUGUGAUCGCAA